AAAAAAGUGUAAAAAGGAAUAAUAAAAAAAUUCAUUCAAAUUCGUUUAUUUUUAUUUUGCUGCUAUUGUUUUUAUUCUUUCCUUUAUAUCUAUUCUCUUUACUACAAUUUGAACGACAAAGAGAGAGAGCAAAACACUUUAUUGUUUUUGUUUUUAUUAGCAAAGAAAAAAAAGAACAAAAAUAAAAGAGAUCGAGGGAGACAGUGUUAAAGAAAAUAUAAUAAAAAUACAAUUUAUUAUGGAUAAAUAAAUGCAUUAAAUACUAAUAAAAUGUAAAUCCAUGGCACAUAGCUAUGACUAAAACGACGACCAUAGUGGCGUCAGAUCAAUCAAGACAACAGGAUCAUCGAUUGCAAAUAAAAAAUAAAAUUAUUUUAAUAAUUUCAAUUCUAUUUUAAUUAUACUCGGGCAGAUCUUAAUCAAACAAACACUAUGUCUGAGGACAAAGUCUACAAGGAUGGUGAUAUAGUAUGGGUUAAGUUGGGCAAUAAUUGGUGGCCGGGUGAGGUGACUGGACCAAAUCGUCAUCCGGAGGGUUUGAUUAAACAUUUGAAACGUGUACCCUAUUGUGUGGUUAAGUUUUUCAAUGAAAAUACAUAUGAAUAUGUACGCAGUGGAAAACAAAUAUUUCCUUUUCAAUGUGCAAAACAAGAAGAAUUCAUACGAAAGGGUUACUCACUUUAUAAUAGUGGUAACUCUUUCAUGGAAAAGUUUCCCAAUGACGUGGAGGUUGCUAAGCGAUUAACACGUCGUAAGGAAACAUCUUUGGUAAUAAAUGAUCGACCAGAUAGUAUUGUUAAAGCCAUAUUAGGUCAACCGUUAAUACGAACCUGUGAUGAUUACUAUGAUGGAACAGAAUAUAGAGAAAAACGGCGUAGUGGGGAUUCAAUAACAAAAAUCUUGAAUAUUACACAAAACCAUAACGAAGAGACUUUAAACAAUAAGAAGCAUGGCUCACAGACAUUGAGUACAUCAUCGAGCCUACUUUCAAAUAACACCAAAAAUGUGGCAAACACUUCUGCAUCUCUUAACACAAGUAACUACCAGUGUAAUUUGUGCGAUUUUACCAGUGUACGGCAAAAUGUCAUGAUCUUACAUCGAAAAAUGCACAGCAAUAGAAAUUCCUUGGGAUCUAGCAAUACAACAUCAUCAUCAUUUUCAUCAUCCACAAAAACUAAUUCAAAAUUAACAACAGAAACAGCAGGAACAACAGUGGCUAAAGCAACAACGAAUGUUAGUAAUAAUUCAAAUCAAAAGUCGCAACAAAGUGAAAUUGUCAAUAAGAACAAAACUAAUAGUAAAACCAAAGCAAAUGCAAUCACAACAACAACGACGACUGCAACUACACGAGCUACCAGAACACCUACAACUCAAAAAGAAACAAAUGCAACAGCAACGCCUGUAACCAAAACCAGAGCUGCAAUUGAUACCGUGGAAAGUGCAAUAACUCCCACAACACCCACAGAAACAAAUAACAGAAUUAAAGAGAUACAAACAACCACCAGAGCGGGAAGAACGAACAAAUCGAAAACGGAGAAAAAGACAACCGUUAAAGAGAAGAAAGAAGCCAGUGCUUAUAGUGCAAUACUCUCCGAUUUUUGUCCCAGUGAUACAGAAAUUCCUUCUUCGCCGGAAGAAAGACCGUCUAGACGUUCAUUGCGUCAUUGCAAAAACGAAGAUACAACUACUAAAAUAACUACUGUAUGUAUUGAUUUAUCAGAGUCCACAAAGACGAUACAGAAAAUACCCAAAAAGAGAGAAUAUUCCUCUUUGGAACUUCAAAAAGAAACUCCGGUUGAAAUAGCGUCACCUAUUGUGGUGCCAGAUCCUGAUGUUGUAUGUUUGGCUGAUAAAGAAAUUGAAACUGCUAAGACAACUACAACAACCUUACAUUCUGCUAAACCCAAAAAGGAUGCGGAAGAGAUACGUAGAAUGUUGCUGGAAGACUGGAGUGAUGACGAUGAAACUCCCAAUGAUACAAUAGUUGUGGAGGAUAGGGGUGUGGCGGAGAAUAACGAGAAUAAUGAAAGUCUCUCAGAACCACUGACUGAGCAACACAUCGCUGCUGCUGUUGCGAUAACUUCAACACCAGUUGCUAAAAUAACUUCAUCUCCGGUCACGGGACGCAUACGCAAUAUACCAAAAAAAGAUAGACGUGACGUAGUGCUACAAGAUUUCAAUAGUGACUUAUCGCUUAUACAAGCUGAUAAAGUUAUUCACAACACCAAAUGUAUGGCUCUCGAUUUGGACAGUUCAAGCUCUUCAGUGGUUGAAAUCAUAGAAGAUGAACAACCCUCCAUUAUCACCAUAAAUGAUGAUGAAGAGCAAGAAAAUUUAAAAUCUAGACAAACUGAUGUCAUUGUGAGUGAAUCUAAAGAAAGUGAUUCAGCUGUAGGCUUAAUAAAUGAGAAACCUGCAUCGGCUGCUACUUCAACUACUACGUUAUCGUGUUUUGAUUUUCAGGAGGAGGAGGAAGAACAGGACACAACCACCCCUACAAUAUCACAUUUUAAAAAGAAAUACUUAUCCGUGGAAAAGUUACAAAAUCUCUCCUCAACCAAUAGUGAGGACUUAGGAGAAGAUGUGGCCAAGAGUCGAGCAGAGUUGGCGGAAAAAGAUCAACGUUUAGCAGCUGAAAUAGAAUCGUUAUUAGAACAAACACAACCACCGGUAGCGGAUUUGUUAAACGCCAAUAGUUUCGAAGAAUCAAUGUCUGUUAAAGAUUUGCCCAUUAAAGAGAGAGGCAAGAGAAUAUUUAAAUCGCGUAAUAAGACACGUUUGGAAGAAAAAAAUAAUACAGAAGUUGCGGCUUUACCAGCAGUGGAUGCUACAGAAGUUGUUGCUUUAACUUCAGUAGAUUCAACAGAAGUUGUGGCUUUAACUUCAGUAGAUGCUAAUCUGGUAACAGCUAAUGCUACUAUAGAACAGUACAAAUCUUUAGACAUCUCUACUGAGGAAGAAAUUGUUAACACAGAUAAAGAGGAAACAAACUUGCAGCAAAAUUCUGAAAACACAGCAGAAAAGGAGCUGAUAUUAGUGACUGAUCAAGACAACUCAAACAACGAAGAAAGUUCCGUUGAUUUCGCUAGACAAGAAAUUUUACAAAACUCCUCACAUAUUGAACUACCAAAGUAUAUAGAAGAUCAACAAUUAGAGCCAAAUGAAAAUAAAGAAAAUGAGGAUUUAUCGAGAGGAAAUAAAGACUCUUCAGACGUGUCAAAUGAUGACAAUAGUACAGCUGAAUUUCAAAAGAAACAAAAGGAAAAUGAUAUUACUUUGGAUAGCAACGAAAUAAUACAGAAUCCAACAGCAGAACUAAACAAUGCUAUAAGUAAUCAUGAACACUCUUCUGAGCAGCUGUUAAAUGGGGAAGAUGUUAUGGUAGAGCAACAAGACGCUGUAGAGGAGACAGAACUAGAGAAUCGUGCAGAGGAAAGCAGUGAAAACAGUGCAAUGGUUAUGGAGACCGAACUAGAGAAUCAUGCAGAGAAAAGCAAUGAAAACUGCGCAGAUGUUAUGAACAUUAAUAAUAAAGAAGUUAAGAAAAACGAUGAAAUAGCUGAGUCUUUAGUGACAGAUGACACAAACUCUAGCAAAGUUGAUACACCAGAAAAUAAAGAUAAUGAAGAAAUUUCCCAAAUUGUUGAGCCAGUACAAGCCCCGCCAGAAGAAGAUUCUGUUCAGGACUCUAUUAGUGUAGCAGAAACUUCAAACUCACCCAAAGAUAUAAUAAAUAAUGAUAGUGAGCUUAAGGAGAUAACUAAGCCUAUAGUUGAAAUAACUCCGGAGAACGUCAACGCCGUUACUCUACAGCAAGAAUCCGAAAGCGUUUUUAAAAUACGUGUUAAAUCGCCGGAUCAAUUAUUUGAACCUACCUUUGUAAGUGACUCACAACAGGAGCAGGAACUUCAGCCCACCAUUGUAGAAGGAAACAUAGAUACACGUUUGAUUACUACAUCACCCACCGAUGAAAAUAGUAGUAUGGGUGCCUCAGAUACGGGAGCAGAAUUUGGCUCACCUACUUCAAUGCUAAGUGAAGAGCGCCUACCUACAUUUCGCUUUCAAAGCAAUCAGACGCCUCAGCCGGAAAUCGAAACAGUGCAAAGAGAAUUACAGCAGGAUAACUCACAAGAAGCUGUUCAGGAAACCACUAAUCAUGAGGUGACAAAAACUGAACCAAAUGGUGGAAUAAAAGAAAAAGUUAUAACACACAUUUUUGGAAAGUCUAACCAAAAUUUGUUGCAGCAACGACGUUUUAGUAUGGACUUGGAUUGCCUAAAUACACAAUCAAAAUCUAUUAAACGCCCACGUUUAAGUGUAGACGACAACACAUUGAAAAAUCAAAAUACUUUUGUAAAGUCUCACCAAGAAUUUACAACAUUAACAAUGUCUAAGGACAAAAGCGAAAUAAGAGUACGUCCUAAAAGCCGUCACAUGAAAAUCACACCACGACGUAAUGUCAGUGAGCUAUUUAAAUCACGUUCUUUGAUGAAUAUCAACGAUACACGAAAUGCCGAGAAAAGUAGUUUGCUCGAAAGUGUUAAAGAAACGCAAUCAAUGGAAGAUGUUGUUGAAACCUUUGAAAAAGAUUUAGAUAAUCAUAAGGAGUGUGACAAUAGUGUAAGUAAAGAAAAUUCACAGGAAGUAUUAAAAACUAUAGUUGAGAAGGAGAAUUCUGAAGUAAAACAACCACAAAAUGAGAAUUCAAAUUUGGAAAAUUUCGAUAAAUCUAUUCCGAGUGAAAACACUGAAAAUCUUGAUUUAAAUAUUGAAAAUAUUAAAGAAGUAAACGAGGAAAAUCAAGAAAAUACUGAAAUUGAUCAACUAAAACCAAAAACUAUUCCGGGAGAGACAACAGCAGUUCUAGAGAAAAGAGAAGAAAGUAAUGUCCACACAACUGAUGACAACGAUAAAGUAGUAGUUGAAAGCACAACAACAGCUUCUAUAGAAAAUAAUAGUGUAAUAUGUGAAAGUUUCAAUAAUGUGAACACAAAUGAAAUUAGUAAGCCAGAAGCGGAUGAAUCAGUAGCAACUUCAGAAGAAAAUUGCAAUAAUGAAAUCCAAUCUCAAUUUUCUAUCGAAUCUGAUAUUACCAACUCACAAGAAAAAGAAACAUCACACGUUUCUAAGGCUAGAGAAUCUACAGCUGAGAACUUGUUUAAGGAAUCUGAACCUGCUGAAGCUCCCUUAAUCUUAGUAAAUGCUACAGAUAACAAUACAUUUAAUUCAAGUAUAAAAAAUUCAAUGGAUACAAAUAAAACGCACAAUGAUCAAAGUUUAGAGAAACCAUUCUCUCCUGUCGUACCACCAGCCACUCCCCAGGAGCGUGAAGUUGUAAUAGAAAGUGAAAAUCUAAGUCCGCUUAAAAAUACCCAGCUUCAAACACAAAUAAAUAUUGAGACGUUAAAUGAGAUUACAAUACGUCCUCUAACGCCGAAAGUACAGGAGAAAACAAUUGAGUUAAACGAUCCUUCGCCAAUAGCCGAUGCUAAGGAUUCACACUUAAAAGAAGUAAUCGAUCAAACUACAACCUUCAAGGAAAAUGAGAAAAUUGAGCGACCCAUAACACCGCAAGCAUCUGAGCUUGUAAAGCAACAUAGUCCUCAGCUUAUAAUACCGCAAGAAAGGGAAACUAUAAAGGAGAUUCAACCAGCAACACCACCAAUAACUAAAACAGAUAAUGAAACUUGUUCUCAAUCAAUCAACACCCAAGAAACAGAAAACCAUAAUGAGACACAACUUCAAGCCGCAACACAUGAAACGGCCGCCGAACCUAUUAUUGCCUGUGAAACAUUGGAUAAACUAAUUAAUCCUCCACACGCUCAAGACUUGACAGUUGAUUUUGAAAAUAACAUAGCAAUGCCCUGCACUCCGCUUGAAAACUAUAUAGAAGAGGAAUGUGAAAAUCCUAUGCAGACACCUUUAACGCCGCAAGCUAAAGAUCUAAUUAUUGAAUGUGAACCCUUAACACCGCAGGGUAUUAUUGAAUGUGAUCACAAUACACCAGCCCAGAUAACUCCCGAAAAAGAGGUCAUCGUUGAAAGUGACGUUGUUUUGACAACGCCGCCCUCAGUAAUCCAAGACAAGGAUAUAAUUAUUGAAGAUAAUUUGCAAUUGGAGGAAAAGGAUACACUUUUAGAAAGGGAAUUUCAAGUAGUACAUCCUAAAGAAAUCCCUUUACCUGCAGACGUUGCACAGUCCCAUACUUUGCAAACAGAUGCCGACAAGGCUGCCGAAGAAUUUCUUAUUGAAUUCGAUAGUAUUGUCAAUCACAGUCAUUCGGUGGAAGAGGAUGUUAAUAAUAGUGCUAUAGGUGAAGCCGUAAAUGCCGAUGAUCUCAUUAACAAUAUAAUAGAGGAAGUUCAUGAGGAUCAGCCACUCAAAGAGGAAGUUCCAACUACAACCGAAUCAUCUGUACAAUAUGAGCCCAUGACAACCUACACAGUGGUGGCUAAAAACUCUUGGAAUCAAAUAUUUAAAGAAUCCUUUAAUAGGCAAUUGCCACCAGCCAAAAGACGUCAAACUAUAUGUUUUGAAAUUUCUGAUACUAAAGAGGGAGUGGCCUGCAAAAAACAAGCAUUAGAUUUUGAAUCUGUUCUUCCCGUAAGCAAAACUGUAAAACGCACCGCAGAGCGUAAACUAACAUUACCCGCCAUUGAGACUAAACUGUCAAAUAGUCAACAACAGCAUAAUAUUUUUGCUUUGAAUCAUAAUCAAUUAACACUCAACAAGAAAUUAAUACCAACAACCAAACGAAAAUUAUCGAUUGAAGAUAAUAUUACAUCCUUUAUAAUUGAACGACCAAAGCAAGCACAACAAACAUCAACUACAGUUGGACCACCGCCCUUACAAAGGAUAAGACCUUUGAGUAGACAGGGUCUAACCAGUUCUAAGGCUAGCGGUGAGAGUUUUUCUGAGCCCCCACCAUUACAAAGUCAUGAUAAUUUAUUCAACGAAUUAUUCCAAACGGAAUCCUCAUCACCAACACCAUGUUCAGAUCUAAACCAAAAAAAUGAUGGAGCACGAAUUAUAAAUCAACAAAUUCUAAGCUCUCCUGCCAUUUCCUCUGUACCUCAAGGCAAAAGUACAUCAGAUACAAAAAUUUCUAAAAAUAAACAAAUCGGUGUAGAUUCACGUGGCAAUAAAUAUGUAAUAAUAAAAACCCCACCAACUGAUAUUAUCGUUCAACCAACGCUAACGUCAUCAACAGCAGCUGCGGUAACAGCUACUAAUAAUUUUGGCACAACUAUAACAAUUCAGCCUUUACCACGUUCCAGCAGCGAGGCUAUAGUAACAAAAACCACAACAAAAAAUAAAAAUGUAUCUGCAGCAGCAACCACAUCGUCUCGCAAGCAACAGCUGCAACAUAUGAAACAAAUUUCUAUAACUGUCCCAGCAAAAUCUCCCCUUGAAAUUACAAAAUCAUUAGAAGCGGUUGUAAAAACUCCACCUCGUAAUAAACGCAAAGCAGCACAUGCUAAAGCAAUGGCAGCAACUGCUGCGGCUAAUAGUAAUUUAAAUAGUGCCAAACAUAGGCAGGCAAUGGAAGCAUUAAGUAGACGUUUGAGUAUUGCUGCAGAGACACCUCCAUUGUCUAAAAUAUCGAGAACAGCAACGACUCAUGUACAAACACAAAUAACAAAUAGUAAUACUAACAAUAGUAAUCUGGCAACAUUUUUUGCAACUUCCGAUCCUCAAAUCUCUAAUAUAGCUCAACAACAGUUAAUGCAGUUACAACAGCAGCAACAGCAACAAACAUCAACAUUACCGCCUCCAAUUAUAUUGAAUAAAAAUGCCCAUCAACAUUCGGCUUUACAACGUAAACCACGUAAAACUCCUCAGCAACUAUUACAACAACAGCAUCAACAACAACAAGCUAUUGCAGCCAAAUCAUCACAAUUGAUACAACAGUUGCAACAACAACAGCAAAAUCAAUUACAGCAGCAGCAGCAACAAAUUCAACAACAUUUUAUUACACAAAUAACAGCAACACACCAACCGCAACAGCAAAGUACACUACAACCACCACCGCUGCAACAAAUUCAACAACAAACUGUUCCAGUUCAACAGCAUCAACAACAAAUAGUACAACAAAAUGAUGGAAUUAUUAUUACAACAACCGCCACAGAAGAUGACAAUGUCAUCGAUUCGAAUACCCAGCUGAUAGCACUACCAACGCAGCCCUAUCCAGGUUACUCAGAAACCUUUUUACUAUGCAAAGUUAAGGGUAACACCUGCAAGCCCGUCGAUAAUGUACCACUCUAUUUGAAUCAUCAGUUAAAUGAACUAGUCCCAGUACCCUUGGAAGCCAUAGAAGGUAGUGGACACAAACCGCAGGAGCAUCAAAUCGAGAUAAAAGCCACAAACACACCACAACAACUGUUGGCAUCGGCCCAAAACACUAAUACGGUUCAGGACAAUGAGAAUAAUAUACAAAUGUCAAAUUUGAAUUGUAACUUAAUUGAAGGUGAGAUCUCAGCUGGUAUUGAGGCGGAACAUCAUCAGUUGCAACAGCAUCAUCAGCAGCAGCAACAACACCAUCACCAGCAACAACAACACAUAAUGGAAGAAUGUGCUGUAGAUGAAAAUAUUACCAAUACUAGCAAUAGUCAAAUUAGAGAUUUUGGUGGUAGUGAAGAAGUUAAUCCAGAUUUAAUUUCAAACAAUGGUAUUCUUCUAAAUAUAGAGGGUCAACAGGUACUGCUGGAUGCUGCAACAUUUGCCCAUUUAUUGGCCAAUCCAGAUGCUAAUACACAAUUGAUAUCCGAUGAUGGUACAGAAUAUGUAUUGACUCAUGAAGUUCUGGCUGCCUUGCAAAUGCAGCAGGAACAGCAACAGGCUUUGGAACUGGCUAAUGCAAAUGCUGCAGCUGCUCAACAACAGCAUCAGCAACAACAAGAACAACGACAUCAACACUUGGGGCAAAGGGAAACAAGUGAUAUUAUAGCUGUUGCUUUAGCUGGCUCCGAAUUAUAUGACAGCGAUGUACUCUCAAUAGAUACUUCACAGGGCAUGCAACUAAUUGAUGGCGAUGGUAGCAUAGUAUUUCCAGCCCAGACUGGUGCUAUAACACAACAACAUUUAACCCCACCAGCCGUAGUCACAAACGCCGUACUAGACCAAUCGCCUAUCAUGUCUACACUAGAAGUACCCUCCUCCAUAGCCACCACUCACAAACUGCAUGGUACCCAACUGAUUACCGUGCCCUCCCAUCACUUGACCACCUCUGCCAAUGCAGCCUUGGGUGGUCGUUCAAACUUAGAAGAUAGUCUAGCAGCCAUUGGUGUUACCGCCUCCUCGACUAUACCUUCUUCAUUAGGUUUACCCAUUACUGUUACGAAUCCAAAUAUUGCAUCAAAAGUAACAUCGGCUGGUCCACUUAAUGAAAUGUUACAAUUUGUUUCACAUCGUCCGGCCACAGCGGCUGCUACUGCAGCUGCCGUAGCAGCCGCAGCAUUAGCAGGCGAAUCUCGUAUAUUCACCGAUUAGGUUUUACUCAACGAGGAUGAGGUGGAUUUAUACGAUACAAUCGUUGACACACACUAUGAAACUUUUUAAGGUUAACAUACAACGCGCAUGUGUGUGUGUGUUUGUGUCAACUUUUAUUUUAUAGAUUUGUUGUAUAACAACAGAUUUUUAAACCAACAAAAGAAAA